GCUGCGCCGGAAGUGGCGCGCGCCCUGACUACUCCUCAUGGCGGCGGCGGCGGCGGGUAGGGCGCGGUACGACGGUGACUGAGCUGCCAGCCUGGCGGGCGUGCGCCGAGCCCCGGCCCGGCCUCCGCUUGCCCCCCGGGCUCCGCACCCCUGAUGCUGCGUGGGUGCUGAGCCCACCCCGGCCGGGACGAUGGUGAAGUAUUUUCUGGGCCAGAGCGUGCUCCGGAGUUCCUGGGACCAAGUGUUCGCCGCCUUCUGGCAGAGGUACCCGAAUCCCUACAGCAAACAUGUCUUGACGGAAGACAUAGUACACCGGGAGGUGACCCCUGACCAGAAGCUUCUGUCCCGGCGACUCCUGACCAAGACCAACAGGAUGCCCCGCUGGGCGGAGCGACUGUUUCCUGCUAAUGUUGCUCACUCGGUGUACAUCCUGGAAGAUUCUAUUGUGGACCCACAAAAUCAGACCAUGACUACCUUCACCUGGAACAUCAACCACGCCCGGCUGAUGGUGGUGGAGGAACGCUGUGUUUACUGUGUGAACUCUGAUAACAGCGGCUGGACCGAAAUCCGCCGGGAAGCCUGGGUCUCCUCGAGCUUGUUUGGUGUCUCCAGAGCUGUCCAGGAAUUUGGUCUGGCCCGGUUUAAAAGCAACGUGACCAAGACUAUGAAGGGUUUUGAAUACAUCUUAGCCAAACUGCAAGGUGAGGCCCCUUCUAAAACACUUGUUGAAACCGCUAAGGAAGCCAAGGAAAAGGCAAAGGAGACAGCACUGGCAGCUACAGAGAAGGCCAAAGACCUUGCCAGCAAGGCAGCCACCAAGAAACAGCAGCAGCAGCAGCAACAGUUUGUAUAGCCAG